GUCAACUUAUACUCUUCUCUCCUCCCUCUCCCCCCAUUCAUUCCCCUGGCUGGCCCACUCGACACCCCCACACCCUCCCUGCACACCAAAGAACAGCACUCGCCCAACGCGCAGUGCUCACUCGACCACUCGACCACACGCCGGCUUCCGACACGCCUCCGCCAGCUCGCUCGCGCGCUCGCUCGCACCAGCCACCGCACCACACAUAUCGCCGCCACCCCUUUACGUUGGCUGACUCGACCUGACCAACUCGUCUCCCCACCACCAUGUCGCUCGAGAACUACACCAAGCUCGAAAAGGUCGGCGAGGGCACCUACGGCGUCGUGUACAAGGCGCGAGAUGUAAACACGGGCCAGAUUGUCGCGCUCAAGAAGAUCCGCCUCGAGGCCGAGGACGAGGGCGUGCCGUCAACGUCUAUCCGUGAGAUCUCGCUCCUCAAGGAGCUGAGCAAGGACGACAACAUUGUCAAGCUCCUCGACAUUGUCCACUCCGACUCCAAGCUCUACCUCGUCUUCGAGUUCCUCGACCUCGACCUGAAGCGCUACAUGGACUCGAUUGGCGACAAGGACGGCCUCGGCCCCAACAUGGUCAAAAAGUUCUGCUACCAGCUCGUCAAGGGCCUGUACUACUGCCACGCGCACCGCGUCCUGCAUCGCGACUUGAAGCCGCAGAACCUGCUCAUCGACAAGGAGGGCAACCUCAAGCUCGCCGAUUUUGGUCUUGCGCGCGCCUUUGGUAUCCCCCUGCGGACGUACACUCACGAGGUCGUCACCCUCUGGUACCGCGCGCCCGAGGUCCUCCUCGGCUCGCGCCACUACUCGACUGCCAUCGACAUGUGGUCUGUAGGCUGCAUCUUUGCCGAGAUGGCCAUGAGGCAGCCCCUCUUCCCCGGCGACUCGGAGAUUGACGAAAUCUUCCGCAUCUUCCGUCAGCUCGGAACACCAAACGAGGACGUCUGGCCCGGCGUCAAGCAGCUGCCCGAUUACAAGGCCACAUUCCCCCAGUGGAACGCCGUCGACCUCAAGACGGCCGUCAGGGGACUCGACGCCAACGGCCUCGACCUCCUCGCCCAAACGCUCAUUUACGACCCUGCCCACCGUAUCUCUGCGAAGCGUGCGCUGCAGCACCCCUACUUUGCCUCCUCUGCCGCCUGAGCGAGCGUUAUUGUCACUGUCGCUAUCGCUGUCGCUGGGUCCGCUCUACAGCAUUUGAUACCCCAUACUCGAGCGCCUACCCGCGAUUAUACGGGGGCUGCUGCGGCUGCGGCCGCCAGCCGCCGAUGUACUGUAUUGUGUCAC